AUGUAUUGAAUUUAGUUUGAUAUUUUUGAGGGCUUCAUUUUCACUAAUUUAUUUAUAUGUACUUCCCAAAUUAAUUGCCUGUGGUGUGUACUAUUUUGUUUACCUAAACUAACUAGGUUGUAGUAGUAGUACUACUAAAUCCAAAAGCAUCAUCUACAGCUAUAAGAUUAUCUAAAAAUAAAGAGCCACGACCAAUCAUAAUAAAUACCCACCCUACCCUCUUAUCAAGAAAGUAACGCCUUAAUUUCCAAACAACCAAAACAAACUAUACCCAUUUCUUCUUCUUCUUUGUAAUUACUACUUUCACCAUAAUGGAUCAUAAUAUGCCUGGAAUGGACAUGUCACCGCCCACAUCAUCGUCAUCAUCGCCCAUGAACAACGGAACUAUGAUGGGGGGUGGUGGUGGAAUGGGUCAUAAGAUGAUGAUGCACAUGACUUUCUUCUGGGGCUCACAAGCCGAGAUUCUCUUCUCCGGUUGGCCUGGUUCUAGACCGGCCAUGUACGCCUUGGCCUUAGUUUUCGUCUUUUUUCUUGCUCUCAUCGUUGAGUGGCUUUCUCACUGCCGACUCAUCAAGCCAAAUGGGUCGGGCUCUCGGGUCGGGGCGGCCCUUUUUCAGACCCUGUUGCACGCAGUUCGGGUCUGCUUGGCUUACAUGGUCAUGCUUGCAAUCAUGUCUUUUAAUGUUGGGGUUUUCUUGGUCGCCGUCGCCGGACAUGCCGUAGGGUUCUUGAUUUUUGGAAGCAAGCUUGUGAAGAAAGAGGAAGCUGAGAAGGUGGCUUCUGAUCUUCCACCCAUGACUUGUUGAUUUCUCUUUUAAAGUACAAACAAAAAAUACUUUUUUUAUAUGAUGUUGAUUUAGGGUUUUCUUUUUUCUUUUUUAAUUAGAAGUCUCUUGCAAUCCAAUGUUAAUACAUAAUAAUAAUAAUAAUAUGAGCAAUACUGUGUUUUUCCUUAAGUAAGAAUGUAAGAUAAGAAAUAUUGUGUUUUGAGCAUAGAGUUUGUCGAAAUUUCUAAA